CUCCUAACCUUAGCAGAAAAAAGAGAUUCAAGCUUGUCGCUAGAUAAAAGUGUCCGCAUUCAUAAUUCGUGCGUUGUAACAAAAUUGAGAUCUCGGGAUUUUCUUGACACUCCUUAUCAAAGACCUUUUCCCACUCACACUCAUACAUCACGGACUCCUCGCAUUAAUUUCCCUCAUCGAUCACAACUUUUCAGUUCACUUUGCGACUAGCUUGAGUGAAGAUCGAUUUCACCGCUAAUUCCCUUCUACAAAAUCCAGCAUGAGUUCGGCCACAUUGGAGAGAAUCUCACUGUUCCUCGCUGAGAUGCUGGGAACAGCCAUCCUCGUCUUCAUGGGCUGCAGCGCCUGCAUCUUCAGCACCUCCGCACUCGUGAUUUGCAUCACCUUUGGCCUGGCCGUGAUGCUCAUCGUCAACGUGUUCGGGUGCAUAUCGGGAGCCCACUUGAAUCCUGCCGUCACCAUAGCCGCAGUGCUCUACAAACUCAUCCCGGCGGCGGUGGCGCCAAUUUACAUGGCGGGCCAGUUCGUGGGCGCUUUUGUGGGCUUCGGCGUUCUGAAAUCGCUCGUGCCAGGACACAUCUUCCGUCCUGAAGGCGCCACUGGCCCUGGUGUGUGCUCCACGGUGCCCAACGCCGAGGUGUCGCCCUUCGCAGCGCUCAGCAUGGAGUUCAUCAUCACGGCAGUGCUGAUCCUCAUCUGCUGCGCCGUGUGGGAUCCGCGCAACGCCAAGCACCACGAUUCCGUGCCACUGCGCUUCGGGCUGGCCAUCACGGGACUCGCGCUGGCCGGCGGCCCGCUCAGUGGCGGCAGCAUGAAUCCCGCCAGGUCUCUGGGACCGGCGGUGUGGAAUGGAGACUACCAGCACCACUGGAUCUACUGGGUGGGACCGAUUCUGGCCAGUCUGAUUGUCACGCCGUUCUACAAACUCGUCUUCGCCGCUAGGAAGGAAGAGGAGACUCCCGCCAAGGCGUCCGGCGAGGACUUCCCGCUGAGUACCAACAAUGUUUGAAUUGCCACAGCGAAAUCCAGCCCGAAUACUCAAUAUCUCCAAUGUGAAAUGUAUAACUUAUGCGUGCAGCCGCGUCUGCCCAAUAAAAGCCCGGUUUGUUAAUUCCA